AUGGAUGUAGAUGUCACGUUUGUGAAUGUCAACCUGGUUCUGUUUGUAAAUGUAAAAAUGGAAGGCCGGCUUGUUUAUGCGAACCGCAAAAAGCGUGUCGAUGUCAAGCUGGAAAGAAAGGAUGUAAAUGUCCCAUUGACGCAAAAUGUAGCUGCAAACCAUUGUGUAAUUGUGAAGCUUUUGCUGUUUGCCAGUGUACAGAGGGCAAGGAAGGCUGUAGAUGUCACAUUUGUCAAUGUCAGCCAAAUGCUGUCUGCAAAUGCAGAAAUGGGAAACCUCCCUAUGCAAUUUGCAACUGUAAACCUUUAUGUCUCUGUGAAGCGGGAACCACUUGCCAAUGCACAGAAGACAAGAAGGGAUGCAUUUGUCACAUUUGUCAAUGUCAGCCUGGUUCUCUUUGUAAAUGUAAAAAUGGAAGACCAGCUUGCUUAUGCGAACCGCAGAAAAUGUGCCAAUGCCAGGCCGGGAAGAAAGGAUGUAAAUGUUCCCUCGAUGCAACAUGCAACUGCAAGCCCUUGUGCACUUGUGAACCUGGUACUGUAUGCCAGUGCACGGAAGGCAAAGAGGGAUGUAAAUGUCAAAUUUGUCAGUGUCAGCCAGGUACAGUCUGCAGAUGUAAGAAUGGGAAGCCUUAUUGUGUAUGUGAACCUCACAAAGUGUGUCAGUGCCAAGCUGGGAAGGAAGGAUGCAAAUGUCGACUGGACAAAGACUGCAACUGCAAGCCAUUGUGUGUUUGUGAGCCUGGCAUGGUGUGCCAGUGUACAGAAGGGAAAGAAGGAUGCCAAUGCCAUAAAUGUACCUGUGAUCCCUUCACAGUGUGCAGAUGCAAAGGUGGUAGAGCAGCUUGUAAGUGUAAUCCAACAGCAGCUUGCGAUUGCCAAGCAGGAAAAGAAGGGUGUCAGUGCAAAAUUGGUACUGCAUGUCAGUGUAAGCUUCUGUGUUCUUGUCAACCAAACACAGUUUGCCAAUGUCAACCAGAUAAAGAAGGUUGCCAAUGUCCGAUAUGCUUGUGUCAACAAGGCAGCAUUUGCGCCUGCAAAGGCGGUAAACCCGUAUGUCUUUGUGAUCCCAGCAAGUAAAGAGUGCAAAUGCCCAGCAGCUGAAAAACAACAGCGAAGUGAGAGCGUGACUGAAGCAGCAAAAAUGGUGGAGGAAACUAAAGUUUUAGAACAAAAAGAACCACCUAAACCGCCAGAACAACCCAAGCCUGCAGAACAAAAGCAGGAACUCCUUGUACCUCCAAAGGAACCAAAACCCUCAAAACCAGAAGAAGAGGAAGCACCAAAAGCGUCCGAAGAAUCUAAGGCUGCAGAACAGAAGCAGGAGCCCCCGAAACCGGUUGAAGACUUGAAACUUUCAGAGCAAAAGGAAAAGCCGCCUAAACCGCCUGAAGAAAGCAAGACGCCGCAACAGUCCAUUGAAGCACAAGAAAAACCAUUGUGCAAAUGUCAACCUGGAGCUGUC